AUGGACGGCGCGCUCGUCGACGACCAAAACCCGACGGCGACCUGGGGCCGCAUCCAGGAGAACCUCGGCGUCCUGGGCCACUUCAAGGAGCGGGCCAAGAAGGGCAAGGCGCGGGCCGAGUACCUGCGCGAGCUCGGCGAGGAUUUGACGUCCUACUACGGCUACCUGCAGGAGCUCACGGAGCUCUUCCUGACCAUCUUCUCGCCUUCCGAGUGCGUCGAAUUCAUGGACGCGAACGACAAGCCGCGGCCCGUCGUCAUCCGGACGAACACGCUGAAGACGCGGCGCAAGGACCUCGCGCAGACGCUGAUCAAGCGGGGCGUGCACCUCGAGCCCAUGGCGGCCUGGUCCAAGGUGGCGCUGAAGAUCACGGAGAGCAGCGUGCCCGUCGGCGCGACGCCGGAGUACCUCGCGGGCCACUACAUGCUCCAGAGCGCGGCGUCGCAGUGCCCCGUGCUCGCGCUGGGGCCCGAGCCCGGCGAGCGCGUCCUCGAGCUCGCCGCGGCGCCGGGGGGCAAGAGCUCCUACUGCGCGCAGCUCAUGAAGAACUCGGGCACGCUCGUCUGCAACGAUUUGAAGAAGGAGCGGCACAAGGCGACGGUCGCGAACCUGCACCGCCUCGGCGUGUCCAACGCCGUCGUCUGCUGCCACGACGGCCGCGCCUUCCCGGGCGUCAUGGGCGGCUUCGACCGCGUGCUCCUGGACGCGCCGUGCACGGGCCUCGGCGUCAUCUCGCGCGACCAGUCGAUCAAGGGCACGCGGACGCUCGAGGACGUGAAAAAGCUCGCGCACCUCCAAAAAGAAUUAAUCCUCGCGGCCAUCGACUCCGUCGACGACAAGAAGGCGGGCGUCGUCGUCUACUCGACGUGCUCCGUCGCCGUGCUCGAGAACGAGGACGUCGUCCAGUACGCGCUCGACAAGCGCAACGUGAAGCUCGUCGACGCGGGCCUGCCCUUCGCCUGCGACGCCUUCGUGCGCUGCGGCCAGAAGCGGUACCACCCGUCCAUGGCCCUCGCGAGGCGCUUCUACCCGCACACGCACAACAUGGACGGCUUCUUCGUCGCCAAGCUCCAGAAGCUCUCGCCCAAGGACAAGCAGAAGAAGCGCAAGCUCGACGAGUGA